AUGAGUGCGCAGCAGCAGAAGCAGCCUUGUACUGAAGUUCCCCAACUGCAUCAGCAGCAGGUGAAACAGCCUUGCCAGCCUCCACCCCAGGAGCCAUGCGCCCCCAAAACCAAGGAGCCCUGCCACCCCAAGGCUCCUGAGCCCUGCCACCCCAAGAUGCCUGAGCCCUGCCACCCCAAGAUGCCUGAGCCCUGUCACCCCAAGAUGCCUGAGCCCUGCCCUUCAACAGUCACUCCAGCACCAGCUCAGCAGAUGAAGCAAAAGUAA